UGCUAAAGCAGCAUCGACGGUUCCCCCAUUCGGGCAAGGUGCCACAAAGGACACUGGGCCAGAUAUAUCACCAACCUCAGUCGUUCUUUCCUCCUUCCUCCAUGCCACGAAAACCACUUUUCCACAUCCUCACCAGUCGCGACUGACGAACAUCGACCUAAAAUCAUCACAUACCGGCACUUAAGCUGGUGCAGAUCGUUCAGCCGUUCAUGCGCACAUCUUGAGACCUGGACAAUAAUCUCCCGACAUCCACACCAUGACAGCCAUCUUCAACUUCCAAUCUCUCCUCCUAGUCAUCCUCCUCAUAAUCUGCACAUCGACAUACGUCCACGACCUGUUUCCCAGCAUCCUGGACAGGAACAAGGAUGGACUCAUGGGAAUCUUCUGGAAAUGCGCACGUAUAGGCGAACGACUAAGUCCAUACGUCAGUAUAUUUUGUAUCGCCAUGGCUGUAAGUGCACGCUCCAGCCCAGCACAACAUGCUUGUUGAAGCAUGCUUACUGACUGGAAUCAUAGUGCUCAAUGAUACUGGGCUAUUG